GACGAACGAUCGGAUGGAACGGCUGCGGCGAGAUGCGAUGAUAUUUAUUAUUAAAUUCCGAACGAGUUCCGAAAAAUCUCUCGGGCAAUAUAUUAUUAUAAUCUGUAAGUAUAUAUAAUACCUAUACUAUGUUAUAAUAGAUCGGCCUGUUUUUUUUUUAUUUUGAACUCGAAAAUCACAUGUUAUACGCACAACUAUGUAAUAACACCAAAGCGUCUAUUAUUAUAAAAAUAUAUUUUAUAAAAAAAAAAAAAAAAUGAACACUUCCGCGGGCUCCGAACGAGUAUAAUAUGUAUUAGUAAUUCAAUCGUCGUGUACUCUAUGGGCUUUUCGUCGAUUGGCGGAUCUGAAGCUUUUUUGAUGGGGCGUGGAGGGCGGCGAUCUGGGACCAUACAGGUAUACAAAACAAUACUGUAACAACCGUAAAUAAAUCUCAAGCGGGGGAAGAGUCCAAAAUUAUACAAUUUAAUUAUUAUACUAUACACGCUCGCGUUUUAUAUAUACGUUCAAGCGCACGUCACUGGACACCUCACCCCAAGUCUUAUAGCCUUAGGAUACCUGCAGUUAUAUAAUAUUAUAUAAUUCAAAAUUUAUAAAAAAAAAAGUCCAAAGAGCGGACGAUCCUUCUCCCCCCCCCUCAUCAAUGAAUUUCGCGGGCACAUAAUUUUAAACUACUAUAUACUGUUGUAUUGUGUACUAUUAUGAUAAGUAAUAUACAGAGUAGUAAUUUUUUUUUUUCUGCAGCCGCACUCGACCGCCGCCACUGUAGUUCACUUUUCUCUCGCAAUACAUAAUACGAUAUUAUAUUAUUGUAAGUGUACAACUGCCGCCCCGCGCAGUAAACAGAAGUCGUUCGUCCCUCACGUUAUUUAUAAUAUAUAUUACCUAUAUAUAAUAGGCGUGUGAGAAAAACCGAAAAAAAAAGACGUUCGAUUUUUUUUUUCUUCACUCACACACACACACACACGCACACAAAUACGCACCAUAUCUUGGCGUACCUACCGGCGUGUGACGUCACCCCGAGAGUAGCCUCGGCGUCGUAUAAAACUCCUAUACUUAUACAUACGUCCAUUCGUGUGUGUUCCCUUUCGUUUCGUUAUUAUUAUUACUAUCGUCGUGUGUGUGUGUGUGUGUGUGUGUGCGCGCGAGCGCGCCUAUUGAAUCCAAACACACGCACUUCCCAUACAAAAUAAUGUAUUAUACUCACCGGGGCGACCGGUAACAUUGUAAAUCAAGUCUCUGUAUAAAACCGGACGGACGGCCGAGACACGCCUACGUCGUUGUCGGCGAAACAGGACACCGAAUUCCCAUAUUGGUCGGCGACACGACUCCCGCCGUCGGCUCGAGGCUGUUGCGGCGACCGAUAGACGGACGUUUUUACAAAAAAAAAAUAAUAAUACCCGUGUUAUAAUAUACGCACCGCUUGUAUGUUAUCGCGCAUCUAUCCCUCGGAUUAUAGAGAGAAAAAAUACACGUUAGCAACAGCAUCAGUUCCGUCAUCAUUAGAGUCGAAUUUUUCCGCGGCCGACUCAUUAUUACCGUUACAACGUUUCAUAUUAUAUUUGAAUUUUUUUUUUUUUUUUGUCGAGGAAUCGAACAAAAAAAUUUUGAUAGAAAUGUUGGUAAAUCGGCUUUCGAAAGUACAAACCUUUUACGCACACAUCCUCGACAACAGCUCUAUAUAUACACAUUUUAAAAAAGUUAUUCUUACUUUCGUGAGUUUGAGUGGUUUUUCAAUAUCCGGUAUUUCAUGUUGUAACGUAAAAUAUGAGGAUGAUUAUAGUCGGGUAUAGGGUUGAAAGUCAAAACCACCAAAAGGCACAUGCUAAAUACUUACACUACGCAUGUACAAAAUUUCGUCCUCCUAAUUUCAUUUGCGAGCUUGUGGGGAUGUAAAAGGGUAAAAAAAAAAAAGUCACCGUUCUUCCGCAAAAAUACGGUAAAAAUCGAUAUUGAAAUUCGAACUUUUUGAUCAUUUCAAUCCGUCUAUGAAAAAAACUCUAAUUGCUGAGUUUCAGUUCUUUUGGUCCGAGAAAGCUGUUAAAAGUGUCAGAAUGUACCGGGAAAAUUCAAUAAAAAAAAAAAAAAAAAACGAAUUCCGAAAACUGUACGCCGCAGAUAGAUGCUCACGAAUAAAACAAAUGUCACGCCAUUAUCAAUGGGUUUUUUGUUUAGACUUCUGUUGUUAUACUUGUACACUUGUACACUUGUAACAUAGCGAAAUAUUUCUGUAACUUUCACGAUAAUAACCGUAAAUUUAAUAUUAAUUAUCGUAGUACCUAUUAUUAUAACACAGCGAGAAAUUAAUUUCCCGGAACGGCUGGCAUUUAAAACAAAUACCACGCAAUGUAUUAUGCAUAUCGUCUUAAAACGGAAUUUGCGAGCGGCUGGGGUCGUGCGUAUUCGUUCCUUGACCUUUACGAAUUAUUUUGCAAUUACGAAAAUUAUUGUAUUUAAAAGUGCAUCGUACAUUAAUUUCACGAUUGUUAUCCCAUUAUUAUCCAUUAAUAUCAAGUUUAAAAAAAAAAAAAACAACACUGGAAUUAUGGACAUUCUAGAUUUUUCGUGUUUGUCUAGAAAGGUCGCAGAACCAUGCGAGUGAUGUUAUAAAUAUUGUUUUGUAACAAAAAGAGCUUAUAUUUAAAAUUGUAUUUUGCGUGUUUUAUCGUUAUUCUCUAUGAAUACAUAUUUUUGAGUAUACGGGUAUUAGACAAAUUAAGAGCAUAAUAUAUAUUAUACGCAGGUACACAAUUGGAACAUUUUGGUGUUUAUAAUAUAACAUAAUAUGAAAAGCUACACAAAUAUUGUUUUUAUACAAACAGUUUUGCAAACGUGUACCUCUAUAGUAAAUCGGUUAGGUAGGGUUAUUAGGUCCUCGGGUUAUUAGGUAUAUAAAUACAUAUAUAUUAGCUGCGGCGCUGCAGUGAAAAGACAAUAAUUGUCGGGGCGAAAUACUGUAAAAAUAAUGGAAAUACCCUGCAACCGUAGCGCGCGGCAGUAUCCAGGUGCUUUUGUUUCGGUUUUAUACGAAAUAUUCAAUAAUCGCGACGCGUUAAACGGGGAAAAAUUGCCCGAACGACGAUACGAAUUAUCAUACAUAUAAGUAUUCUAAAUAACGUGUCGGUAUUUUUUUUCAUUCGAAAUCCUUAUAACGGGCGCCCACCGUGGGCGGAUGGUACCUACUUUUUAUAGAGAAUAAAAUAACAUCGGAAUACGGUCCGCUUCGGAUUGCGGCCCGCGACCGUGGGCGUGCGGCGUGCCGCGGUAAUCGUUUUGCUUGAACCGAUCCUGCGACAAUAAAAGGAAUUCUACGCUCUUUCGUAGAUUUGAAUUUUAUAUAUUAUAUUAUAUAUAAAAGAGAAAAAAAAAAAAAAAAAAACCUAAUAGGUAUACCGUAUUAUAUUGUAUAAAUCGUUCUGUCGCGGUAAAACCCCGCGGGGAAUUGCGAUGGCGCAGUUUUUAUACGAAGACGUUCCUUUCUGCUUUUUUCCAAAGACGCGCGCAAGCGCAAGCGCGCCCGCGCGUAUUAAACAAAACGAGGACGUUAAAGGAGAUAAAAGAGGCAAUAUAAUUCCGCAAUGCGGGCGUUAUAUAAAGUAUAAUAUAUAAAUUUCCCGGGCAGGAGAAAAAGGGAAAGAGUUGGCGCGCGCGGGGAACGACAGCAGAGAGAGAGAGAGAGAGAUAGAGUGAGAGAGAGAGAACUCUGAUAAAGCCAUAACCGUAGAUCUGUGUCCGGGGGGCAAGGUUUACCUAACUAACUCCCGGGGCCAUUAUCUCUGAGAAAACUUUCAGCUAAAUUGACUAUUUUCCAAAGGUCUUCUUCGUUUUACUUUAUGCGGCACCGAGAGAUUCCGAUUUUUAUCAGGCCGUAAACUUUUAUCGUCCCACCCCUCCGCACACUUUUGCGCAGCCAACGUUGAAUUUAUUUUUAUUUGUGGCCAUCAUAAAUUUGCCGGGACGGAAAAAAAAAAUAGAUAUUACCGCUGUGCACCGGGAACGUUAAAACAAGUCGAGAACAACUCACCCCAUUUAAUGGCGUACUCGACUACUAGUAUGUAUUAAAUAAUAUUCUCUCUCUACACACACACACACACAUAUAUAUGUAUAGCUAAAUUUAAUCAAUCCAUUAACAAGUCUUUUAUGCUCUCUUAUUUUUUACUUUAUUAUUUUUUAACCGAUCUGUCGGUGCAACGUCUAUGAGUACAGAUUUACCGCCGAAUUGACCAAUUACAUAAAUUAAAUUGAUCGCAAUUACAUUUUACGCUGCAGCAGUUCCCCGCAUCGAGAUUAAAUCGCAUCGCGUCUAAACGGUGUAAAUAACGCGGUUCCGAUACUCUCUUCUCUUUUAGAUGACACAUUGAUGUGAAAAAAAAAAUCAUUAAUAAAUAAUAAUAUUACAUGUAUCAGACUGAACUGAGCAAACAAUUUGCAAGCUUUAAAUCAAAUUCAUUACUAAAUAACGAUACUAAUAUUUUAUGAUAUUGGCCUGUACAAUUAUAUUAUGUUUUAUAUUAUACGCCCGGGUACGUUGAUUUAUAGUCAUCGACGGUAAUUCUUUAUUUACUAUACAAACAUCCAAUAUCAAUUUAUUAUAAUAUAAAGAAAAGUAUAUUUUUUAAUAAUCUAAAUAUUUGAAAACAUUUGUACACUCGAAAAAUACAAGUACUCCUUGUAUAUUUUACUAACGACAAACAUGUCACUGAAAUAUAACGAAGAGUUUAAAACCGCUUUACGAGAUCUAGUGAACAACUCCCCCAAGUUGAUGGAUCAAUUCGGUAAAUUAUAACUUGUAGUAUUUUAUAUCGAAACUGCAUUUCUAGAUUAUAUUUAAAAAAGCAACGCAUCGUUCUUAUAAUAAUGUACGCACAUUAUUUUACAGACAGAGUACGUUGUACAGAAUGGAUCCAUAAGCUGAUCAUGUUGCCCGACGACUCUUUGGAGAAUAUUAAAAUUCGCAACGAUUACGCCCAAUAUCUACGGAUCAUGGUCAGAGCCGGUUGUCUACACGGCAUAUUCUCCGAGAGCCCUCCGAAAACGAUCAUGCCGUUUCCCGAAGCUAUGGUAAGACACAAAUAUUUUAUUUUUGUUUUCCUUCUGACAUUUAAUUUAAUACAAUAUAUGGGUGUACUCUCAGUGGGUUUCACUACAAUCACAGUGCCCUUUCACUUUACUCGAUCCCGAAUAAUCGACACAAAACAGGAGGGGGUUGGGUUUACCGCCACCAAAAAUCAGCAAAGUCUCUCCCUAAAUCAAGUUACCCAAUUAACAUUUACGCUUCAGCAAAUAUUAUUCGGGCUAUUUUAUGCCUACGAUUCUGAACUAUAUUCAAAUACUUCUCUCGUCCACUCUUGUAGUUUUUUUUAAUAUCGGGUAGUCUCUGUCCAAAAUAAUGUUAACGGCCCCGCGGUCUCUUGGUCAUUAACGUUCAGAACGGUUCAAUAUACGCGUGCGUCGUUCUCGAUUAUUCGCAAUCACGUGCCCAAACCAUUCGGACAUUUAAUUGAAGUUUUAUUAACGAUUUACAAUAUUUUCACAGGGCAAGUUAAUAGCGUCCAAAAUACCGGCACUGCCGCCCAUGGGACCGAUUAACGUGUACAUGAAACACUGGUCUCCGGACGGAAGAGCUUACGUGGCCAUAAAGCCGAUACCGGGAAAAGGAGUUUUGACUUAUUUGUCGGUCACUCCACAACCCGAGUGCCCGCAUUAAGUGCGCAGUGCGAAAAUAUAAACCGCAAUAUAAUAUUCAUAAUCUACACUGUCGAUAAUGAUUUUAUAGCAUAAGUUUUAUUGUCGCAAUUAAAUUUUUAAACAAAUAUUUCGUAAUCCACACUACUAUUUAUUGGUUUUAUAUCACCGAGAAUAUUUUGUUUUCGCAAUUACAGACUAUUUCGAAUUUACACAUUAAUAUUAUUAAAAACGCAUCGAUCCCAACAUCAGUUUUAAUAUUUGGUUUCGAAGCAAAUUGACAAUUUUCUUUUAACACGCCGUUCAUCAAGAUUAAUUUAUUGAAUAUAUAAAACAUAUAAUAAAUAUAACAC